AUGUCAAUCGAUUUGGAGCGAGGAUUUCGAAAAGUGUUUGCCGACUCGAGUCAUAAUAAUGGUGGGGUUGGUAGUGUGUUGGCCCUUGUAUGUACGCCACUUGAGAACGAAGACGACAAAAAGGCAUUACGGCGUGUGCAACUAGAAGCACAAGUACAGCUGUUACGUCGGCCACACUCACCGCCAGGAGAUGUUAGCAACAAGCUCGCCAUUCAUGUGCCACUUCUUCGUCUUGACGCAACUCAUGACGAACAAUCAAAUUCUUGA